UAUUUUAUUUAAAUAUAUUAUUAAUCAUGGUUGAAAUCGCAGGGCAGUGAUUGCAUUGCAAUCGUAUCUGGUAACUAUGUACAUUGUUUAUAUCUCCUGCGCCUCUACAUCAUAACUUGUUCAUAUUGACCAAUCAGGAUGCAGCAUAGGUACCGUUGAUAUGUCUGGCAUUUCAUAUCAACCAAUCAAGAGCUAGUAUUCAUAUUUCCCGCUUCAUAAUUUAGCCAAUCAGUUUGUAGGUCAAUUAACAUCGUCUGGCAUCAUCGUCAGGUUCAGCAUUCAAAAUAAUAACUUGCAGCAGCAAACACCUUGUUUAAACUAAGGCUAAAGAUUUUUAUUCUCAUACUUAUUAAUUAUAAGUUUAACAACCGAAAGUGGACGUUCUAUACAGUACGAUGGAAAGCUUUCAUUUACAGUACUAUGUGAUGAAUUUACGAUACUAACGAAAGUUUGAUAUCAUCUGUGAAAAAACUUCUUGAUAGGAAUACGGUGAUCAAUCCGAGGACGUCAAGAUAAUCUCGCGUGGUACAGCAUAAUAGUUACCGAUGAAACAGUUUGGAAAUUCGCAGAAUUGUAUCGCAUGUGCAAACCAGAACUUUUAAAGUUGAUGAGCAUUAAGCUGGAACGUUCUAGACAUCCCAAUGGAUAAUACCAUACUUAGCGUAACUCCGGAAGCUGACCUGGAAAUCAUGUUUUUUGUGCAGUAAUCAACGACUGGAUUUAUUAACUUUGCUGUGAUAUUGUGUAGUCAGUUAGCAAGAUGACUUUUGAAGGCUCAAGCUCCAAAACCAUGACAGACGUGGAACGGGUUUUGACCUGGGCAGAUGCAAAAAAGCUUAGCGAGGCAACGGCAAAUGCAGUGAUAAGUCUAGGAUUUGACUCAAUGGAAGCUUUGGCGCUUUUAGAAGGCGAAGAUCUUCAGAAGACCAAAAUACCGAUUGGACAACAGAAGCUACUCCUGAAGAGUAUAAGGCAGUCAUGUAAAGCAGAAACUGAAAACGCGCCAAAAGGCAGUAAUGGUGGACUUCCGGCAUGUCCGACUUCAGAAGAUGCGUGCGCACCGGAAGUUACAGACAUCCAAGAUGGCGGCAACAAUAACAAUAACAACCUAACAUCCGGUUUGACAGACACAUGUGUUGGCAAUGUUUUAAACCAAUUACAACAGCAGCAAGCAGCAUCCGGUGUCAUUAAUCAAGGCAUUCCAAGUGCAGGGCAGGUGCAGGAGUUGGAUAGCCUGGUUUUGUUUUUCCAAAGCAGGAUGUUUGCAGACUCAACAAAAAAGACAUAUAUGUUGUAUUUUAGAAGUUAUGAAUCCUUUUGCAGAGGUUUAUUAAUUCCUAUGGUCCCAAUUAGCAAAGACAAUUUGGCCAGAUAUAUUGUUUUUCUAACGCAAAGGCUUUGUUAUAACUCAGUUGUCAAUUAUUUAAAUAUUGUGCGCCUCCUGCAUGAAGAGGCUGAGUUACCUUACCCUAUUGAUACACAUUUUGUCAAAGGUGUCUUAAAAGGGGUUAAAAGAGUUCUAGGGGCUGAAAAACGCCCCAAAUUACCCAUAACUCCUAAAAUACUGUCUGGCAUUUUUACCACUAUAGACUUAAAUGAAAGUUUGGAUAUAACUUUUUGGGCAGCUUGCUUAGUAGCAUUUUUUCCUUUUUCAGGAAAUCAAACCUUUUUACACCAUCUUUACAGGAAUUUAAUCCUGAUCGGCAUUUAAAUAGGGCAUCUGUUAAGUUUUCGAAGGAGGGGGCCACUUUAACACUCAGGAAAACA